AUAUAAAAAGGGCUGGGGAUGUAGCUCACUGUGAAGGCCCUAGGUUUAGUCUCCAGUACCAUGCAAAAACAAAAAGAAAAAACAAUCCAGAGUGAGAGAUACGGAAUAGGUCCAUUGAUGGUUAAAGCAAUCAAAUGAUGUCAAACAGGGCAAAUGCAGUUCUCCCUUAUUGAUCUGCCACGUGACAAGUGGUGUGUCUUGGGUCACGAUUAUACAAAAGUGGCAAUAGGAAUGAAACUGAAGGAGGAGAAAAAGACUGAAACCCAGGUGUAAGUGAGAGAUGCUCCAUCCUGGCUCUUACUCGGAAGCCAAAUCAGGUCCUACAGGUUAUUAGGAGAAGGGUAGUCAAUAUAAGAGCCUUCAGUUGGAUAAGUAAUCACACAUACACACACAAAAGCUACUACCUAUAAGACACUCCACGUCCCCCCCCCCUUUUUGUACUGGGUUUUAAACUCAGGACCUUGCACUUUCAAGAUAGGCACGAUGCCACUGAACUAAACCCCUCCCCAUUUUGUUCUUUAGCUGUUUCGUGUUAAAAACAAAAACCAAACAUUUAGAUUCCCCAUCCCCAACUUUUGAAAGUGAACUAAGCAUACUAAGGGGAAGCUACGGUUGCCCGCCCACAAACAUAUCAAAUAAGUUUUUGUGUGAUGCUACAGCCCGGUGCUUAUCUCUAACACGUCCCCAUAGAGUCACCUUAAUUGCAAAGAGUCACGCUCUAGCCUGGAGGGUGAGGCCUCAAGCCGGCGGAACCUUAAAACUCCGGCCGAGGCGGAAUGGAGUCCGGGCCGGAAAGCGGACUCCCGGGGAGCACCAGGUUUAAGACUUCCGCCCCGCAGACGGCUUGCCUCCACGCCAUCUUUUACACACGCCCAGCUUUAGUUCUGCGCAGGCUCCUGGAAUUAUUACCGUCUCUACGGCAACCUGGUAGCGGGAGACUGAAGAUGGAGACCCAUGAGUCUACUCAAGGAUCGCGGUCGCGAGCUUUAGACCUACAGCCCAGCUCCGAAGGACUAACGACUACCUCGGAACCGUUUCCUUCUUCAGAUGGUGGUUCUAGGUCUGCCCUGACAGCUGCAACUGCAGCAGCUGCAGCCAGUGCAGGCGCUUCCACCGCCAAAGCAGCUGCAUUAUGUUCAAAGACCCUAGAGCCCUAUUCUGGGUUCACAGAGCCCUCCUCUGACAAUCUUGGGACAGCCUGUGCUGAAUCCCACCAGACAGCCCCUGGGAGCCAUGACUUUGAGCCUGCUUAUGUUUCCUGUAUUGCUCAGGAUCCCAUUACUACAAAUGACCUUGGCUCAAGCCCUGGCCCUGCUCCUACCUCCAGCUCUGGUCCUGUCCAUGGGUUUGCCCCUGGGUCUGGCUUAGGUCCUGGCCAUGGUUCUGGUCAAGGGUCCUGUCCUGCCUCUGGAACUGGCCCAGGUUUUGGCCCUGAGGUUAGCCCCAGCACUCCUCAAAGGUUCAGAAAUCUCAGGUCAGAUCUGCUCCCUGAUAAUACCUCCUGGAGUCCCCACUGUCACUGGAAGCCUCAGAAACAACCAGCCUGGGAAUUUUUGCAAGUCUCAGAACCUGCUACCCGAGGGCUGUGGAAGCCCCAAGAGGUUGAAGGGAAGCCUAAGAUUCACUAUGGACCAUUACCACGGGGCCAGUGCCUUCUCUACAACUGGCAGGAAGAGAGAGCCACCAAUCACCUGGAUCAAGUCCCAUGCUCGAAAGAUGGCUCUGAGAGUUUCUUCUUCCGACAUGGGCACCAGGGACUGCUGACCAUAUUACAGUCACCUGUGCUCUCCACCACCACCCAGAAAGACUCAUACCAGCCUCCAAGAAACUUCCAUCAGCCUCUUCGAGGGAAGCGUGAAGCCAUGCUGGAGAUGCUCCUAUACCACCAGAUCUGUAAAGAGGUGCAGGCAGAGCAGGAACCUCCAAGGAAGCUCUUUGAAGUCGAGUCAGUAACGCAUCAUGACUACCAAAUGGAGCUGAUGGGAGUAGGGCCUCCUGCCCCAACAAAGUCUCAUGACUACCGUCAGGAGCAGCCUGAAACCUUCUGGAUACAAAGGGCACCACAGCUACCAGUAUGUGAGGGUAGACUAGGUAUUAGAGGUGGGGGAGAAAGCAGGCCAGAGGCUGCACUGUUGUGGCUUGAGAGGGUGAGAUCUGUCCUCAUCGUGGCACUUCUCCAGGGUGUCAGUUACAUCAGGACACUGGACACACCAUUCCGGAAGAACUGCAGCUUCUCAACACCAGUGCCCUUGUCUCUGGGACAGCCUUUGCCUUAUGAACCUGAGAGUUACCCCCACCAGAUGGGUGAAAUAUCUUCCCUUGCCUGUCAGGGAAGAGGGCAGGGGUAUUGAUGAGGGAGAAUGGCUCCUAUCUAAGGGUUGAGGAACAAAGUAGGGUAUGGAAUUUGGAACCUAUUUCUGUUUGUACUAGAGAAGUGGGUGGAGAGGAAGUUAAUAUUCUCUGUACUUGAUGAAAGGGAUUUACAUAAAUGGUUCUCCCUUGUCCCAAGA